CAACAUCGACCAGUUGUUGCAUUGUUCUCAAAGUAAAAUCAUGUCUUUCCAAGUGCUCCUCAUCCUUCUUUCUCUGGCCACAAUUUCACGGGCCGCUGAAGUUUGUCUCUGCUGUGGUGAACAAGUUCUCAAGCAGGAUCUCAAGAACUGCUCAGACAUCGCCAGACCGGCUUCAAGGGAGGAAAUAGACUUCCUCAAAAAUCAGUGUGUGUUUCUCCAGAGAUUAAAUUCUUAUCCAUAUGAUUACAAUUACCAUGAGUACAAUUACAAGUACGAUGACUACAAAAUAGCCACAAUUAGGCAGUUUGAUGUGAAUUCUGUGAACGACAUUAAGAUUCCUGGCAGUAACUGUGAUGCAAUUUUUAAUAGUCUCGAGGGUCUGCUCUACAUGGUUCCUGAAAGCAAUUCUGACCUGUUCAGAUACAUAAAGUCAUCAGGAUCGUUCUAUGGCAGUGUGCAAGUUGACGAAAUUGGUUUAGCCGUUCCUGGAGUCUUUAGAACAUACAAUGGACUGCAAGAUUAUGCAAAUUCAAUCUUUACGCCAUUCAAAAUGUACGAAAAGUCGUACAAGACUCAAAAUGCAACACAUCGAAACUAUACAAGAUAUGUUUAUUUUCUUCGUCAGCCAGUGUCUUACAAGAUGACUGAGAUUGAAGAUGAGAAUACGCAUUUCAAGCCUGAUUGGAUGGUUCAAUCGUUUCAACGAUAUGAUCCAAAUGAGUACAUGAGUUUGGGAAGAUUUUCAGUCUGCAAUGACGAUUAUACAAACAGAAAUUACACAUUAAGCAUCAAUUACGAUGAGGAGAUGGAAAUUAAUGUGUUUCAAUACCAAUUUUAUCCUCAACUUCAACCACAGCUUGACAUAUAUCAAUCACAAGCCCUCAGUGUUCUUGAAUACACUGACAAAGACGGUGAUUUGAGAACUGUUGGCCUAACUAAGUAUCACAACGAAAUAUUGUAUAAAACUAAAGCAAAGAUUUCAGCUUCCUCAGAAGAGACAGUUGAACCUUUUCAGUGUGCAUCAGCUGAAGUAUUCGCCAAAUGGUCGACAGAAUUGAAAGAAGCCAAGUUCUUGAUUGAAAUCAACUUUGGCAGUCUAGGAAAGUUCAAAGACGUCACAGAAAUCAAGGCUUCAGGCCAAAUAAUCCAUCGAUUCUUCUCCAGUGAAAUGCUGUCAAACAGAAAGGUGUCGUCAACCAACAACAUCAUCGUAAUUAUUCCUUACAACACAUUUUUCUUCUUAAUCGGAUGUGUGGUGGGAAUGAUUGUCUUCUGUCUUCUGCUCCUGAUUGUCAUCAAAUCGAUGGGAUUCAUUGACAAGAGAGACUUUAAGACCGACUGGGAGAGGACUUCAACGUGGACUUCAACACACUUCAGCACCGCAGCUGCGUUUACCAAGGAAAAGGCUGAGAUUCUAGGAGAUCGUCUUGUCCGACUCGGAGACUAUCUGUGCAACGUAGGAACUUGGGUCUAUCAAGAGAUCAAAUAAAUAACC